CCCAAAAACCCGACCCGCGAAAAAUGGGACAGAGCGGGAGGGAGUGAGAGAGAGGGAGAUAGGCUUUUGGCGUAUGGGAUUGAGAAAGCCAAGGAACGAUAACGACGACGACGACGAUGGCGGUGUUGGACGAGGACGAAGAGAAUUUGGCCUACUUCCUCGAAUCGGAGGUCCUCUCACAGGUUUCCGAUCAGGAAGAUGAGCCCAGCCCCAAGAGAAGGCGUGAGGAAUCUCCGCCUCCUCAGCCUCAGCCUCGGCCUCGGCCUCGGCCUAGGGCUCAUCCUGCGGCUCGGAUUGAAUCUGGAAUUUUGAGUAAAAUCCCUCCGGAACUUUUCCCUCACAUCCUCAAAUUCCUUUCUUCUGAGGAUCUUUUUGCCUGCGCACUUGUCUGUAGAUUUCUUACUAUUGCAGCUUCCGAUGAGUACUUAUGGCGUCGCUUGUAUUCAUUGCGCUGGGGUCUUAUGGCCCCUUCCAAGAAACUACGUGAAUGUCCUUGGAAAAAGCUUUAUAUUCAGCGCGAUGAAGAAGACAUGACAGAACUAGUUAGGAAUUGCCCGGUUGAGUUUAAAGAGUAUUACAUUCAAAUGCAAGCAGCCAAGAGAAGCCAAGCACCUCUGCUUUCACAGGUGAUCGAUGACCGCCUAAUCCUUGACAGGACAGUAGCUGAUCAAGUUUCUAUAUGGAAAAACAGUAAAGGUUUGACUGAUGCUGUGACCGCGGACCAUGCUUGUUCUGGUGAAACUUGUUCUUUCCAUCAAAUUGGAGAUGUCUUUCUUUGCGAGAAGACUGGACAUAUUCAUGUAUGCGAUGAUACGUGUAGAGAAGCUGUUAUGGAUCCUAGCAAUGAGCUAUGGGUUUGUACUAUAUCCGGGCACUGUUUUGAUAGGUUAUUGUCACCAGCUGAGAUGGAACCAGACAUUGAACAGCAACAAGGCGGUGUCAAUGAUGAGGCAGAACCUUUUAUGGGGUCCGGCCGAUUUGGUAAUAAUCUCUUUAAAAUCCAACAAGUUACUAUGCUUUAUUCUAUUACUUCUUCGUCUUAUAAAGACCGUGUUUAUUGAAAUUGCAGCGCGGGCUUACUCGCUGGGAUAUCACUGUGCAGAUGAGAAAGAACUAGAAGCUGCACUGAGGUUUUGCUAAGUGGUUUAGAAGAAAAAAGAGUGAUGUUAUGGUAUGGUAUGUUAAAACAAUGCAGAUAGAGAGAACUAAGAAAGAAGCAUUGCAUUUUGGUGUAUCUAAGUGAAUGUAUAAAGAGGUCUAUUAGUAUGUACUACUACCGGUGUGCUGAUGCCUUUAUUUGUAUUAUGUAGGAUAAUGUAUUAUUUAUUUUUCUUGUUAGUCCUUUUAUAAUUAUGACUAUUAAUAAUAAUAAUGAAGGCUGGUAGAGUUUUCUUCUUUUCCCUUCA